CGCGUCCGCCCACCCACCCCACCCGGGCCCUCAGUCCCCGAGGCUCGCUCCAAACUCGUUCGGCUCGUUCUUCCAGGCCCAGCGCUGCGGAGAGCCGGGGCCGGGGCCACGAGACUGACCCCUGCUGCCAGCCCCGCGCCCCCGGGGUGGGCGAUCGACCCCAAGGCGAGUGGCCAGUGCACCUGCCAUCCCAUGCUCGUAGGCCGAGGCCCCGGGCGCCCGCUACGCCCACCGGAUGCGCACAGAGACCCCUGCGCCAGCCGUCGUCCCGCGGCCCCUGUCCGGUCCGUGGGUGGAGGGGCCCCGGCGUCGGGGGUGCCUGCAACUGCACACUGCCCCGACCCCACGGCUUGCUGAAGGAGAGGACUUCCGGGCCCAGGUUCCCUUGCGCAUGCCGGCCUCAUGCUUCCGCCCGUCGGCUCGGCAGUGCCCUGGCUCUGGGAUUCUGCGCCAGCCCAUGGUGCCCGUCCUUGAGACCAGCACGCCCUCUUUGGCUGUGGUCCCAGCAUGUCGCCUUUAACGAAGCCCCCCGCCCUGGAGGAGGUCCUGCCGAGCCCGGAGGAGAAGGCCAAAGGAAAGGCUUCUCUGCCCUGGGGCUUCCUGUUCGGCCCUCGCAGUGAGAAGCUCGUCCUCACCCAGAGCGACGGCGUCCCCGCGGAGGAGAGCGUGCUCACCGUCACCAUCACCGAGACCACGGUCAUCGAGUCGGACCUGGGCGUCUGGAGCUCCCGGGCCCUGCUCUACCUCAGCCUGUGGUUCUUCUUCAGCUUCUGCACCCUCUUCCUCAACAAGUACAUCCUGUCCCUGCUGGAAGGGGAGCCCAGCAUGCUGGGUGCCGUGCAAAUGCUGUCCACCACGCUCAUUGGCUGCGUCAAGAUUUUCGUCCCCUGCUGUUUGUAUCAACACAAAAGCCGCCUCUCCUACCCGCCCAACUUCAUCAUGACCAUGCUCUUUGUGGGUCUGAUGCGGUUCGCCACCGUGGUCUUGGGGCUGGUCAGCCUGAAGAAUGUGGCCGUGUCCUUCGCCGAGACGGUGAAGAGCUCGGCUCCCAUCUUCACGGUGAUCAUGUCCCGGAUGAUCCUGGGGGAGUACACGGGGCUGCUGGUCAACCUCUCACUGAUCCCAGUCAUGGGCGGGCUGGCGCUGUGCACCGCGACGGAGCUGAGCUUCAACGUGCUGGGCUUUUCCGCCGCCUUGUCCACCAACAUCAUGGACUGUUUGCAAAACGUCUUUUCAAAGAAGCUCCUCAGUGGGGACAAGUACAGGUUCUCGGCCCCGGAGCUGCAGUUCUACACCAGCGCCGCCGCCAUGGUCAUGCUGAUCCCAGCCUGGAUCUUCUUCAUGGACAUGCCAGUGAUUGGGAGGAGCGGGAAGAGCUUCCGGUACAGCCAGGACGUGCUGCUGCUGCUGCUGAUGGAUGGCGCGCUCUUCCACCUGCAGAGCGUCACAGCCUACGCCCUCAUGGGGAAGAUCUCCCCGGUGACCUUCAGCGUCGCCAGUACUGUGAAGCACGCUCUAUCCAUCUGGCUCAGCAUCAUCAUCUUUGGCAACAAGGUCACCAGCCUGUCAGCCGUGGGCACGGUCCUCGUGACCAUCGGUGUCCUGCUCUACAACAGGGCCAAGCAGCACCAGCAGGAGGCCAUGCGGAGCCUAGCGGCGAGCCCCGGCCGAGCCCUGGAAGAGGACGCUGAGCCGCUGCUGCCCCCCGAGCCCCGGCCCCACCACUGAGCCUAGGGGCCUCCUUGCCGACCUAGGACCCCACCCCCACCCACCCCGACGGUCACCCCUGCUCCCUGGGCUCAGGCGACUGUCGGGUGCUGGAGACUGGGAACCUGCUCCUGACCUGGUUUUCAGCCAAGAUUCCUCGGCAUGUGAGGUUCCCGGCGUCGGCUUCCUGGGCAGGCCCAGAGCCAGCCUUGCCCCACCCCUUGCCAAAUAAUGUGAAGACAUCUUCCGCCUGAGCCCCAGGCGGGUGUCAGAGUCCAGCCCCUGCAGCUCCCUCCCAGCUCUGGGGAGGCCAGGCCCAAGUCCCUUCUGGGCCAUCCAGGGCCGCCAUCUGCGAAGGUGGGCUGGGUCCAGGUGCCAACGUCCGCUGCAUGUCCAGUGCCAGCAGAGAGAACUCAAAGGCCCACGCCAGCCAUCUGGGGCCACCAAAGCCAUGGCCUGAUUUCCACCCUCUGGGGACACCAGGUCUGGUCAGCCUGCCCCAGGGGUAGUGCCAACUUGGGGGUGGGGCAGAUGGGGGCUACAGCAAGUGCCCUCCGCCCCCCAUGGAGGGCAAAGACUUGGUACCUGUCUCCCCACCCUCCUGCCCUAAAAGUGACAUGGGACCAGGGCACCCUCUUCUCAGCCCUCUGUGGUCACAGCCCCUUUCUCGCAAAGCUGCAGCCCAGAAGACAGAUCAUUCUUGGGGGCUGGUAAACUCGCUCCAGUGAGAUUAAGAAGAGCAAAGGACAACCACCCCUAGAUGUCAACCUGUAUUAUCCUAAGCUGCCCUUGUCCCCGAGUGCCCUGCCCCUCCCCAGUGGACGACCUUGAGAACAGACAUCCUCAGUGUUCAGUCUGUCCGGAGGGGCUACCCACUUCUCCUGGGCUGCAGCGCCCACAGAGCAGCCCGGUGGGUUCUCGGGUGCACCGGUCUGCACUUGGUGUGCCUCCAAGCGCCCCAUCUGAGAAGAACCCCAAGGAGCUGCUGGCGGCGUGGACCAGGCAGAGGGCUUAGAGGGUCACCCUUCCUUUGGCUGUAUUUAAAAGGACCAUGUGGCUUUUUUUUUUUUAAAGAAAGGGAACGCUUACCCAGCUGGUUUCUGGAAUGUGUAGUGUAUGUUUGGUUGAAGGAGCAGACCUGCGCUGCCUGCUGCAGGAGAUCAAACUGCACCUGGCCUCCAGGCUUUCCACUGAGGGCGGUGGCGGUCUGCUGAUGGACUUCCUCUAGAUCUAGCGAACCUGUGAGCUGAGAUGGCCGAGUCUGCACUCAGGCCCCCUCCUGCAGAGAGGAGAGCCAGCGCCUGAGGAUCUUACCACUUUGAGAAACUUGAAGAUUUUACUGCUUAUGAACUACUAUAUCGGAGCCAAAUUCUCUUUGCUUUACACCAAGUGCAACUGUGGAGCCCUGAAAGUACAGCAGACAAAAUGUUGAUCGUGUUUUGUGUGGCAUCUACUUCCACGUUUAUGUAACCAGCAUAAGGCUUUCUAGGAAAUGGGUCUGUUAACUAAUGUUAGCAAAUCCCUGUUCAUUCUGUUGUGGUAAUAAAUGGAUGCUGAGUACUGAA